AGUUUUUGAGGGCCGAACAUUUGGUCUCAGGAACCAGAUGGUGUAAAUGGGUGGGAUGGUGGGCAGGAAGGGACGAACACCCACCCCCCUCUCCCCCUCAGGAUAUCGCCACCACAGUAAAUCAGAUCCCACUCCACUUUCCUCAGAGACGAUUUGGUUAAACGGGACUCUUUGCUAUGGCUUUGUUUGGAUAAAAACUGCUUUCCCGGUUGGACCUUAUGGAAAUGUGAGAUUAUAUGCUGAACUUUAGAAGAUUGUAGGUGUUUGAAUGGCUGUGGCAGAUACUCGUCUGAAUGCUAAUACAUAAUGUUGGACCAGUGGACUUUAAGUGAUUAGGAUGGAGAGGUCAUCCAAACAGCUCCGAAAGGGUCAUGAGCUGGAGGCAAAAGACGCCUGUGAGUGGCUCCGAGCGGCGGGGUUUCCUCAGUAUGCUCAGCUUUAUGAAGCCUCGCUGUUCCCCAUUGAGAUCUCUGCUGUGAGGAGAGACCACGAAUUUCUGGAUCAGGACUCUCUCAAGGCGUUAUGCAGGAGGCUAACGACCCUGAACAAAUGUGCUGCGAUGAGCUUAGAAGUUCAUUUCCAGUGUAAACAGCAGAGUGAGGACUCCGAGGAGGACGAUGCGUGUGCUCUUAGCUCUCGCUGGGCCUUUCAACGAGAGAGUAAAACUUGGUCCCGUCUCCGCACUCUCUCACCGACUCCUGUCUCCCCAGGCAACCGCUCCUCAACCUUACGACCCUCAGGCAGCAGCGAUAGUGUACUGAGUGACAUCAGUCUACUAGAAGUUACGUCCCUGACCUCUGACCUCAGCAAUAGUAGCUUGAGCCUAGACAGUGCUCGAGAAACAACUUCUCCAGAGGUUGUACCUUUCAGUGGAGUCAAUGAGGGUGCAUCGUCAGUUUUUGUCUCAGCCAGCAAAGAUGAGAACGACGACACAGGAUCUUCAUCUUCUCUUCCAUCAGUUAGAGAAAAGCCAAAGCGUCCUUCUAGAUCAUUUUUACGAAGGAAAGAGUCAGUAAAGAAGCGGGACAGUGAGAAUGAGAAAGUCUUGAAAAGUGUUUCGACUGUAACUCGGCAUCAGCCACUUUCAGGUCUGCACUGCACGUCUGAUGCAAGCUUGCCUGGCCAAACCACAAAUAAGUGCCGAAACACCAAAGAUCCAUCAUGGAGGGCACAUACCAUAUGUCGGAGUAAUGUUAGCCAGAAAGUAACUCUGCACAAGCCUCACAGAGCAUGUCUUUACCUGGAAGACUACCAGUUGACUUGGGAGAUUCCCAAGUCAACCAGUCACAACAACCGUCAGAGGAAAGAGGAUCGUGUGGUCCACCUCCCCUUUGACCACAAGCCUGGAACUUUCCCCAAAUCUCUGUCAAUUGAAAGUCUCUGUCCUGUCUCUGUUUCUGAAAGUCCUGACCAUAUUGACUGGGCAGGAGUAGACGGAGACCUUUCAUUGGAUGGAAGUGUUAGUCGGAGUGGGUCACAAGACUUUCUGUCAGGUUUCGGGCAGAGGAGGAACUCCAUUAGUUCACUUGGAAGCAUUUAUGAUAAUGUUCCAGAAACGCCAGGCAGCCCAGGUGACAUUUUUGACCCUGGAAAAAAGAAAGUCUUCCAGCAUCUUGAUGACAUUUUACAGCACGUACACGGGCUACAGCACAACAUUGAGGAAUGGUCACGCUCCCUUGGUAUUCAGCCACAGGAUCAAUCGAAUGCAGAGACUGUGUCUACAGCAGACACAACAUUACCCAGCAGUCUGAACUAUGAUGAGCAAUCCAUGUCAGAUGUUGGGACCACAGUAAGCGAUUACGAUAGUGCGGGAAACUCUGUGAAUGAGGGAGAAGGAGAAGGAGAAAUGAGAGAGAGGAGAGACUCUGGUGUGGGGGCAUCACUUACAAGACCCAGCAGGAAGUUGCGAUGGCACAGUUUUCAGAACUCUCAUCGCCCGAGUGUAUCUUCUGCAUCUUUAGAAAUCAACAGGCAGUCGGCUGCACAGCUCAACCUGCUGCAGAAAUUCAGCCUCUUACGACUGACUGCCAUCCUGGAGAAACACACGGACACCAGCAAGCAUGGCUGGAACUGGGUGGUUCCAAAGUUUAUGAAGCGUUCCAAAGUUCCAGAUUACAAAGAUAAGCAUGUGUUUGGUGUUCCACCAAUUGUGAAUGUCCAACGAACUGGUCAGCCUCUGCCUCAAAGCAUCCAGCAGGCGAUGAGAUACCUGCGCAGCCAGUGUCUGGAGAAGGUGGGAAUAUUCCGGAAAUCGGGGGUUAAAUCCCGGAUCCAGGCCCUCAGGCAGCUCAAUGAGAAUUCCCCUGAUCAUGUGACCUACCAGGGCCAAUCAGCUUAUGAUGUGGCUGACCUGAUUAAACAGUACUUCAGGGAUCUGCCUGAACCUGUGCUCACCUCAAAACUUACAGACACCUUUCUACAUGUAUACCAGUUUGUUCCAGCAGAGCAGCGUUUACAGGCCGUACAAGCAGCCGUGAUCCUGCUGCCUGAUGAGAACAGAGAGGUUCUGCAGACAUUGCUCUAUUUCCUCAGUGACAUUGCAUCUGCACAGGAAAACCAGAUGACUGCAGAUAGUCUGGCUGUCUGUCUCGCACCUUCCAUACUGCACCUGAAUGCUUCCAAGAAAGAUGGUGCUUCACCAAGGCUCAUAAGCAGGAAAGGUGGAGCCAAGCCAGACCACAAGGACCUGAGUGAGAACAUGGCUGCCACACAUUGCCUCAGUCACAUGAUUACAGAAUGCAAGAAGCUAUUUCAGAUCCCGCAUGAAAUGAUGCUCCAGUCUAGGAAUUCUUAUGUGGCUGCAGAUGCUCAGCCGCUGCCUCUGCAUGGGCUCGGGGUCAAUGCCCUGGGCGAGCCAGUGGAUUAUCGGGCAUACUUGGAAGACAACGUUCAGUGUCUUCUCAGAGAGGCAUCUGAGCGAAGUAAAGGGUGGCAUCAUGCCCAUGGACCCGACAACACUGAGCUGGCUUAUAAAAAGGUUGGAGAUGGUCACCCGAUGCGUAUAUGGCGUGUUUCGGUGGAGAUCGAGGCCCCUCCCUCUGUGGUUCUGCAGCGUGUUCUGCGAGAGCGCCACCUGUGGGAUGAAGACCUUCUGCACAGUCGAGUCAUUGAGACACUGGAAAACAACACUGAGGUUUUCCACUACAUCACUGACAGCAUGGCUCCACAUCCUCGCAGAAACUUCAUAACGCUCAGACGUUGGUGUAGUGAUCUUCCCAAAGGCGUGUGUGUUCUUGUGUCUUCCUCUGUGGACCAUGAUAACGUCCAGCUUGAAGCAGGCUUACGGGCAGUGCUUUUGACAUCCCGUAUGUUCAUUGAGCCAUGUGGAAUGGGACGGUCUCGGCUCACACACUACUGCAGAGCCGAUCUACGGGGGCGCUCACCUGAUUGGUAUAAUAAAGUUUUCGGUCAUCUGUGUGCGAUGGAGGUUGCCAGAAUACGCAGCUCAUUCCCUGUUCUUACAGCACGAGGACCCGAAACCAAACUCUGAACCCACUGGGUUAAAACGUGAAACUGUUUUAUAUAAGAAAGAAUGAGAAGGGUGAGUGUGCAGGUGUAUAACCAAGGAUGUCAGUGUAAGUGGGAAAGUGGAAAUAAAAGCGAAUGAGAAGUCUGGAAAUGAAUGACAAAGCACAGUACUGUGUGUAAUAGUUGGACUAUGCAAAAAAAAAAACAACAAAAACAAACCCACUGUGGUUUUAAAAGCCAUGGAUGAUUAAUGUGAAAAGCUUAAGCUCACAAUCAUAUGGUUGAUAAUGCGUCUAAUCUGUUUGUGUGUUUUGUUUGUGUGAGUGUUUAUAUUUGUGUUAAGCAGUGCGUAUCUGCAGUGCCUUAAAUAAUUUGUCUAAUAAUCCGGCGUGGUUUGUCAGACACCUCAUUCUUUCUCAGGUAAACAAGUUUUUGACUUGCGCAGGAAUUUUUUGUCUUGAUGCACUGAUAAUGACCAGUUUACUCAAAUGCCAAGCACUAGACGUUUAGAACAUCCAAGCAUCUGCUUUCUGUGUUCUUGGCAUUUUGUACAUCAUCAGUCCAGCUUGACACACAACAUAGAGACUACAAACAUGUUCUGAGUGGUGCUGUUGAGCAAAUACGACACGCUCGGCUGAUAAACUAUAUGAUAAUCGGAUGUGUGCAGGCCAAAUCGAAUCAGUCUGACAUUUUUGUACAUCGGUUAUUUUUGUGACCUCAGUCCCUUUCUUUUUCCCCCACCCCCUCCUUCCUUAUUUAUUUGCGUCAGCCAUUUGCAAACUUCAUUUGUGAAGUUUUAAUAAUUUAACGUCUGCAUGGAAUCCAUGGGAAUGAUAUUCAAGAGACUUUAUUACAGCUUUACUUUUUGUACUUUAAACUUUUUUAUUACGCCUAAAGGUAAGGAUUUUUUUUUUUUGAUACAAUUUAAUUUACUUAUUACAUUUCUUAACUGUUAUCAUUAAUCCUAAGUGCCUUUGAGAAUCUAAAGAGAAACGUUUGUAAUGCGCUAGACUUUUGUUUCGUUUAAAUCUGUGCCGUUUCACCAGGGCAUUAUGUAAUAUCAGUAUUUUAUUUAUUAAAACGUAUAGCUACGUGUAUACAUUUGUUUUAAGUUUUCUGCCUCAGUGAAAUAGUUCAAGUGUCAUAAUAUGGUUAUAUUUGGUUUUACUCAUUCUAAUAUGUAAAACUCUGGUCCAUUUACACAUCUUUUUGAAUCAUAUUUCUAUUGGUUUUCUAGUAAUGUUGAUUUAAUUCUUUCAGUAACAAUCAAACUUGCUUGUGUAAUAUGCGAACUUAGCCUUCCGUGCAAUGAAAAUAAAGGAGCUUUUCCAAAGAA